CAGUUGUCUCCUGAACAAGCAGCUUUGGGGCUUACUUUCCAUAAAAAGACAUGUAAAUGAAGGGGGUCUUAAUGGAGCUUUGAUGUGAAAAGUAUCUCAUUAAAGGAUCCACAUAGAAGGGAAAUUAUAUCCUUCAUGACAUACUGGAAGCGAUUCAGAACCGAAGCAACCUUAAUUCCUAUGGAAGAAUACAUAUUGGGGAGAAACAACGCAUCACAAGCGCAGAAGCGAUUUUUAUGCACAAUUCUUCAUUUUCUAUCCCAUAGGAAGAUGAAACUUAAAAAAUGAAUGCUCUUAAACAUAGGCAAAUAGUUGAUCUGAACUCCAAACUUUGGGGACUGCCACAACUCUGUUUCUGACUUUUCUGCUGAUACUUAACAUUUAAGGCAGGGAUCCCCAACCUGUGGGGCCUGAGGGUUUUGCAACUGAGCCAUGGACGAGUGCACACACAUCCUUACUCGUUCAACCGGGGUGUGAGCGAGCACACGUGGCUGUGCUCCAUUUCUGCAUAACUCUCUAGCAAUUGAGAGGGAGAUUGGAUCUUGAAAACAAACAACUGUCAAGAUUGUUAUGCCCUUCCACACUCACACCUGACCCGCUGAUGUCUUAUACCACGGGUGCCAAACUCGCCGCGCGACGGGACAUGUCGUGACAUAUCAUGACUUUUUUUGCAUUGCCGGAGCUCAGGUGGUGAUGUGAAGAUAGAGGGUUCUAGCCAAGCGAUGGCAACACCUUUUCUAACAGCCAAAAAGGAAGAUGCGGAAAAGAUGAGUGAAAAGGAAAGGCUUGGGGGAAAGGAGGAGCUGAAGAAAUACUCUAGUUUCCAGUGUGCAGAUAUCGGCUCUUUCUUGCACAGUGAUGAUCCCCAAGAAAAAGGAGCAUGUCCAGGGUGCGGGAAAAUACCCAGAGAUGAAUUGGGAUUAUGUGAUUGUGUAGAGAAACAAAGUGAAAGCGGGGAAUGCUCGAGAAGGACCCUUCCUCUUACUUUUCAUCAGAAAAUACAAGAGGGAGAGAAACUGUACAAAUGCACGGAGUAUGUGGAAAACUUUGGUACAAGCCAUUCCUUCACAUCCCAUAAAAACAGUCCCAAAACAGGGGCUCCAUACAAAUGCCUGGAAUUUGGAGAAAACAUCAGUCAGAAAAGUCACCUGAAUUCCCAUCAGAGCAUCCACAAAGGGAGGAAGCGGCAUCAAUGCAUCACCUGCGGAAAGAGCUUCAGAAUGAGCAGCUCUCUAACUUCCCAUGAAUGCAUCCACAGCGAGGAAAAGUUGUAUCAAUUCAGGGAGAAUAGAACGAAGCUUACCCAGAGCCAGGAACCAAAUUCCUGGGGAAAAAAACCCACUGGGAAUGAUUCAUGUAAAUGCCUGGAAUGUGGGAAGAGCUUCCGUUCUGCAACUCACCUCACUUAUCAUAACAGGAUCCAUUCUGGGGAAAAACCAUAUCAUUGCACAGUGUGUGGAAAGAGCUUCACCCAAAAUGGCUAUUUCAAUUUACAUAAGAGGAUCCACACCGGAGAGAAGCCGUAUAAAUGCACAGUGUGUGGAAAAUGCUUCACGGCCCGUGGUGCCCUUAAUUCUCAUAAGACGAUUCACACGGGGGAGAAACCCUAUGAAUGCCUGGACUGUGGGAAAAGCUUUGCCAGAAGCGAUACUCUAACCUUACAUAACAGGAUCCAUAAAGGGGAGAAACCUUAUAAAUGUCUGCACUGUGGAAACAGCUUUAGUCAAAAAGUGCAUCUUCAGUCACACGAGAGGAUCCACACAGGGGAAAAACCAUUUCAAUGCAUGGAGUGUGGAAAGAGCUUUUGUGCCUCAGAAAAACUUACUGCCCAUCGCAGAAGCCACACGGGGGAAAAGCCCUUUCAAUGCCUGCAAUGUGGAAAGAGCUUUGCCAAUUCUGGUACCUUUCAUGCCCACAAACGGAUCCACACGGGAGAAACCGUACAAAUGCCUGGAGUGUGGGAAGAGCUUCUACAAAUCCAGCCACCUAACUUCCCAUAACAAUAUCCAUACUGGAAAGAAACCAUAUCAAUGCACCGAAUGUGGGAAGUGCUUCAAUCAAACAAGUCACCUUAAUAAACAUAAAAGGAUCCACACAGGGGAAAAGCCUUAUAAGUGCACCGAAUGUGACAAAUG